CAGAAUCUGAUCCAUUCCUUCAUCGAUCCUCUCCGUGACCGCUUUGCCCCGAUCAGCCACAACAGCGAUUUUCGCACCACCGGCCAGAUUACUCCAGAGGAGUUUCAAGCCGCCGGCGACUUUCUUGUCCACAAGUUCCCGAGCUGGAGCUGGGCUGGCGCUGCUUCGGAAAGCCAGCGCGUCUCCUACUUUCCAGCCGACAAGCAGUACCUGAUCACUCGUGGCGUGCCAUGUCGCAAGCGCAUCAAGGCCGACGACUUCGCCGGCUCGGCCAGCGGCGAGGACCAGCUUGUGCUCGACAUGCUGAGGGAGUCGGGCUCGGAUGGUGGAGAGGAUGACGGAUGGCUCAAGGCGGGUGGUAACAGCACUGCCGAGAACAAGAAGGAUGCCGAACUCAUGAAGGAUGUUAAGACUGUCGACGAUGACGGCAAGCUGGGCGAGGAAGCUGAAGAGGAGGAGAUUCCAGACAUGGAUGACGAGGAAGAUGACGAAGAGGCAAUCAUCCGCGACCCCAGUGCUGGUAAGAGAGAUGGUAGUGAUGGCUUGCGCAACUACACCCUUUACAUCACCUACACGCCAUACUAUCGCACUCCGCGCCUGUACCUAUCAGGCUACGAUUCCAGCAACAAGCCACUUCUGCCGAUGGCCAUGAUGGAAGACAUUGUCGGUGACUACAAAGACAAGACGGUCACACUCGAGGACUUCAACUUCACCAACCCACCGAUCAAGACUGCUUCAGUGCACCCUUGCAAGCAUGCCAGUGUCAUGAAGGUGCUGCUCGAUCGCGCUGAUGCUGCACUGAAGCUUCGCAUUGAGAAGAUGAAGCAUGGCGAGAAGGCGUCGCCUGCUGGCAUGGAGGGCCUGGUCGACCAGACAGCCAAGCUCGACGUCAAGGACAAGGCAGCACCACCCAAGGGCAAGGACAAGGAUGGUGAGGGCGAGUGGGAGGUGCUGUCCUCGGACGGUGCUCAGGACGACGAGGCUCCAGCUAUUCGGGUCGAUCAGUAUCUGGUUGUCUUCCUCAAGUUCAUGGCUUCUGUCACGCCGGGAAUCGAGCAUGAUUUCACGAUGGGUGUUUGA